AUGCCGGGGCAAUCGACUACGGAAGCCAUUCAUCAUGUGAGGAGAUUGGUGGAGCAGUACAGGGAAAGGAAGAGGGACUUGCAUAUGGUGUUCAUUGACCUAGAGAAAGCUUACGAUAAAGUCCUAAGAGAAGUCCUCUGGAGAUGUUUCGAGGCGAGAGCGGUUCCAGUAGCAUACAUUAGAGCGAUCAAGGAUAUGUAUGAUGGAGCUUAUAAGACCCGGGUAAGGACGGUGGGAGGAGAUUCUGGACACUUUCCAGUCGUGAUGGGGUUGCAUCAGGGCUCAACCCUUAGCCUGUUUUUAUUUGCUUUGGCAUUGGAUGUAUUUAUGAGUCACAUUCAAGGAGAGGUGCCAUGGUGCAUGUAA